AGGCUGUGGCACUAAAAUUGCUGGCGACUAGUGUACCGGGCCCCAGGCCACAGUCUGUGGGCUCCUGUCUGCCGUGUUACGGGAGAAGUGCUGGGGCCACUGCCAGGAGGGACUUUAGGGAUCAUAGGACAUUUCCUGAAGAGCUGCCAUGUCUGGGAAUAAUGUGUCUUCCUCAGAACAGAAUAGCAGCUGUGAAACAAAAACCUCAAAUCUUCGAAUAUCAGAGAAGAAAUGUUCGUGGGCAUCCUACAUGACCAACUCCCCGACUCUCAUUGUUAUGAUUGGCUUGCCGGCCCGGGGCAAAACCUAUGUGUCCAAGAAACUCACACGCUACCUCAACUGGAUUGGGGUGCCCACCAAAGUGUUUAAUCUUGGGGUUUAUCGGCGUGAAGCAGUCAAGUCCUAUAAGUCCUAUGACUUUUUCCGGCACGACAAUGAAGAGGCCAUGAAGAUCCGCAAACAGUGUGCUGUUGUGGCACUGGAAGAUGUUAAGACGUAUCUCACUGAGGAGAGUGGGCAGAUUGCGGUGUUUGAUGCCACCAAUACAACCAGGGAGAGGAGGGACAUGAUUUUGAAUUUUGCCAAGGAGAAUUCCUUCAAGGUGUUCUUUGUGGAAUCUGUCUGUGAUGAUCCUGAUGUCAUUGCUGCCAACAUCCUGGAAGUGAAGGUGUCAAGCCCCGAUUACCCUGAAAGGAACAGGGAGAAUGUGAUGGAGGACUUCCUAAAGAGAAUUGAGUGCUACAAAGUCACUUAUCGACCCCUCGACCCAGACAACUAUGACAAGGAUCUUUCUUUCAUCAAGGUGAUAAAUGUGGGCCAGCGAUUUUUAGUGAACAGAGUCCAGGACUACAUCCAGAGCAAGAUAGUCUACUACCUCAUGAAUAUCCACGUGCAGCCCCGCACCAUUUACCUUUGCCGGCAUGGAGAGAGCGAGUUCAAUCUCUUGGGGAAGAUUGGGGGUGACUCUGGCCUCUCGGUGCGGGGAAAACAGUUUGCCCAAGCUCUAAGGAAGUUUCUGGAGGAACAGAAGAUAGCAGAUCUCAAAGUGUGGACAAGCCAGUUGAAGAGGACUAUCCAGACUGCUGAAUCCCUGGGGGUGACCUAUGAGCAGUGGAAGAUUCUGAAUGAGAUUGAUGCUGGUGUAUGUGAGGAGAUGACCUAUGCAGAAAUUGAGAAGGAGUACCCAGAUGAGUUUGCGCUUCGAGAUCAAGAGAAAUAUCUGUAUCGAUAUCCUGGUGGGGAGUCAUACCAGGACCUGGUGCAGCGGCUGGAGCCUGUCAUCAUGGAGCUGGAGCGCCAGGGCAACGUCCUCGUCAUCUCCCACCAGGCGGUCAUGCGCUGUCUCCUGGCCUACUUCUUGGAUAAGGGUGCAGAUGAGCUACCGUACUUGAGGUGCCCUCUUCAUACCAUCUUCAGACUUACCCCUGUGGCCUACGGGUGCAAAGUGGAAACCAUUAAGCUCAAUGUGGAAGCUGUGAACACUCACCGUGACAAGCCAGAUAACAACUUUCCCAAGAGCCAAACCCCUGUAAGGAUGAGAAGGAACAGCUUUACACCUCUGUCCAGUUCGAAUACAGUAAGGCGUCCAAGAAAUUACAGUGUUGGGAGCCGGCCCCUCAAGCCCCUCAGUCCUCUCCGCGCCCUGGACAUGCAAGAAGGGGCCGACCAGCCGAAGAGCCAAGUCAGCAUUCCGGUGGUGUAACUGUGUGUUUCCCUCCAGUCCUGGCCUCCUGCCCUUGUCACUAAUCACCAGGGAAUCAUUUAACUUCCACCCCCCACCCCCAACACCCCACCAUGAAUCUUAACACAGAACAUGAGGACGUAUGUUUUUAGACCAACCUCAUCUAUUCUGCAUUGUGAAACAUCUCCCCAUUUAGGGGAAAGUUGAUGAGUUGGGUGUUUUAGAACAGGUGCUCAUUCUGGGUGGUCUGGAGGAGGAGGAAAAGGGAUAAUCACCUCUGGGAUGAUAGCGUACCUGGGGCUGAGGCUGAGCAUGGCCAGUACACUGUUCUCAGUCCUUGGUGUCUAAAGUCACUAAAGUUCUUAUGGUGGUACAGUGGGGGUGGGGUGGAGGGGAACACAGAAAAACCCAUUUUCCCUUCACCUUUGUCUCUUCAAGGUGUGCUUUACUCACAGUUCUUACCUGCCUGCUUUCUUCCCCCUCCCUCAUCUCACUAUUGGGUUGUCCAUUGUGAUGCAUGCCAUUGUCAUUGUAGUGUCUGUCUAGGAGGGAGGGAAGGUUGUGGAGAGAGAAGUCCAGGUGCCCCAUUGAUUUCUCUCCACAGAGGGCCCAAAUGGAUGUGGAUGAGGGCGGGGAGCCUUUCUUUUCCCUCGUCCUUCUCUCCAGCCAUGUCCUGACAAGGUCAGCCUAGGCUAUAGGACAUUCACAGGCACUCUGGAGCUAGUAAGUGGAUAUAGGGUGAGAGUUCUUGCCUCCUUUCAUGAGAAGUAGUCCUAAGGCUUUGAUGCCCAUGGUAAAGCUGGCUCUGAGAAUGUGGGAAAUAUCUUGGUUUGUAUUUUUCACUUCACUUUUGGAGGCUGUGGAGUGAAGUUUAGGACAGUAUGUUGGCCCCCAGCUGCUACAGGGCUAUUUUAGAGCAGGUCAUCCAUUUUCUCCAGUGGCUCCCAGCUUCUUUGCUACCCACUGCCAGCAGGUGACCUCUGGGGCUGUUUAGAAGGACACUCACCACUGAUUCAGGAGUCACUACUAAUGUUUGAAUUGCUCAAGUCAAAAGGCAGAGAAGAGUUUGCUAGAACUGCUAAUUAUUUUUCAGUAGUUUUGAAAACACUCCUUUUUAAGUUGAAGAGUCUGAAGGGUCUUUCAGACCCUGUGCAGUAUAGCCCUUUGCUGCUGGUGUUCACCUAUUCACUUCUGUCAUUUUAUUUUCUCUGUAGGGUUAAACAGGAAUAGUUUACAGCAGGGAUUCUUAGCCCCUUGGGCUCAUGAUAGCGUACUUCUCUCCCCAAAUUUGUAUGCAGAACAUAUGAAUUUAUGGGCUUUUUCUGGCAAGCAAGUCUAGAGUGCUCAUGAAAUUUUUUGUUUCAAUUUUUUUUGUAUUAAAAAUUGAAAAAAAAGGGAGAUGACCCCAUCUUAAAGUCAUUAAUUUGUGUUUUAGAAGUAACCAGUGAGAACAAGUUAGUUAUUUGCCAAAGUUGCUUUUGGUAAUUUGCCAUGGUUCUUAUCUAGGAGUAUUCAUUAGAACCUCCCUGAGAACUUUUGCAAGGUACACAUACCCCGGUCUGCUUCAGGCUUAACAUUCACUCAGAAUGUCUGGGGUUGGGGCCGGCAUGUGCAUGUGUUUAACUGUCUUCCUGUUGAUUCUAACUCUUACUCCAGGUUUAGUCUCCAUUCUGUGAAGUUGGGUAACAAAUACUGGGAUGGUGGUUUCUUGAACAAAGCAGUAACCUAGGAAUUCUGAAUCCCUCACAAAGUUAGAUGUUUAGCAGAUCACAAUAUUGAAUGAAGUCAUCCCCUCAAAAGCAGGCUGCUGUGUUUUAGAGUAUUAUUCUAGGUUCUAGUCACAUCUUUAACCAUGUACAUGUAAGGGUGAAAUCACUAUGUAAAUAAAUGUCCUUUAUAAUAGCUGGGAAGGAAGAUUAUCAUCCCAGGCAUCUGACUGGUGACCUUGAGUCCUUGAUUCUUAUAUCUUGUAUAGAACAUCACAGUGAGUUUCCCAAGGCUGCUUGCCCAGAUUCUGCUUGAAAUUACUUCGGUGUGCUCUUCUCGUUUACCAUGUACAUAAGUGUACCUAGUGUCUCAGUUUGUGAGGCUUUGGGCUGAGUGGGAGGGGGGGGGUGCAGGUGUACAUAGAAGGAAAGGUGCUUAUCCCAAGAAGUUGUUUUAGAAACAGGGCAUAUAAUUAAUCAUAAGUGAGCAUUUGUGAAAGAGCAACACCUUGUAAGUGUGGACACUAAAGCGUAAUAUAGAUUACUUCUCCUGACCUUUUUCUUAUUCUUGACCAUGGGACUAAAGGAGUUGGGAGAAUGAGUUGUGGUCUAGGACAUGGGUAUGGUACUUUCAGGUAGUUGCCUCAUCUAUUUUUGCUUGGCUGGUGGCAUCUUUAGCCCAAAUGAGCAUUCAUUCCAUCUUUCCUCCUGCUGUGUUGUGAGAGUAAUUUAGAGUUAAUGAAUGAGAAGAAGGAGCAUUUUGAUCCAAAGACUUGGGAUUUGGCCUUUACGUACUUCUAGUGAGAGGAGAAGUGUCUAACAAACUUGCAUUAUGUUACCUUGUUUUAAGCCCCAGCAUUAGCCAUAGGUCACUGGAAUGUUCCUGUGGAUAACUUCUCUGCACUAUCCCCUGUGCCAGUUUGCUUGCCUCAGAAGAGGAGCCUGAGGUGGUCUUAUUAUUCUCAGAUAGGACACAAGAAAUUACAGUUUGAAAAUGGCAAGUUCUAAAGCAUUCUUCAAUUUUUAGAGCAAGAUCUCUAGAAAGGGUUCAGCAGGAAGAACCCAGAACAUAAAAUGGGAUGGAGCUCUAAACUGUAGAGAAGUCCUACUUCCUAUCUUUUUUUCCUGUGCUCCUCUCCUAUUCUUACUUGAUUGUGUAUUGGUAGUAAAUCAACAUUACUGUGAUUAUAUCUGUAUCACAAAUCCUACAAAGAAAGGGUGGACCCCAAAGUACUUUUUUGCGGAGGCUUCAGUUUUGUUAUGGGAGAAAUAGGUGAAGGCUUUAGCAUUUAUCUAUUGAUAGAAAAUUGGGAAAGGAAAAUCAUUAUAUUACAUUUUUUUCUACUUUUCAGUUACAGUUGACAUUCAUUUUCUGGUGUUUUUUUUUUUUUUAAUUACUGCUUUAGAGCUGAAUGAGGCCCUGGCUGGGUAGCUCAGUUGGUUAGAGUGUUGUCCUGAUAUGCCAAGGUUGUGGGUUUGAUCCCCAGUCAGGGCACAUAUAAGAAUCAACCAAUGAAUUAAAAAAUAAAUGGAAUGAUAAAAAUUACGUUUCUUUCUCUCAAAUCAAUAAAAAAAGAGCUGAGUGAGGAAUUCUGUGACAUACUUGAAAGAGAAAUGUAAAAUAGAUUUAAUAUAAAGCUUCUCUUUCUGUCUCCUAAUCCUCAGAUUUGAGUUAGCUCUUAUUAUCCAUAAUAUCUUGGUUUUGUUUUGUAAGAGGAUUAUUUCACAUUCACUUGGAAAGUAGAAUAGGAAAAUAUUUUAAAACUUUAAAACUUUGUGUUAAGUGGUCUUACCAUUGUCUCUCUCUUUUUUUAAUCCUCACUUGAGGAUGUUUGUUGAUUUUAGAGAGGAAGGGAGAGAAAGAGAGAAACAUUGGUAUGAGAGAGAAACAUCGAUUGGUUGUCUCUCAUACUUGCCCUGACUGGAGAUGGAACCUGCAACUUUUUGGUGUGUGGACAACAUUGUCCAACCGACUGAGCCACCUAGCCAGGGCUGUCUCUGGUUUUUGUUUUUUCCUCAAGAAAUUUGUAUUCCUAGGCUGAAUGGUUGAAUGUUUCCUGUGAGGUUCUGGCUCUUCCUCUUUGUAACCCAUUUGAUGUUCAGAGGUACUGACAUUUUGAAGAAACAUGAUAUAGCUGUUAGGAAAUAAAUCCAUAUUAAAUGUUUUUUUCUGUGAACAGAAGAUCUGAGUUCCAGAGAAACUUACAGGUACUUGGGAUAGUCAAAGGACAAGGAAAAAAGUGUCUAAAAAUUGAGAGAACUAUUUCUGGGUUAUAUAGUCUUAUGCACAUUUCAUUGUUUUGCUAAGCUCAGAAGUCAGGUUGUUUGUUUUCAAGAAACUUGAUAAAUUUACCCAGGUUUUCUAGUGCGCACUUUGACUUGUUUUUGUUUUAAAUUAAAAAAUUAUAUAACAAUUGAGUCAGGUUUAGCAGGAUUGAUAUAUUACUUCUCAUAGAGGUGAUAUACACAUCAGAAGUAUGUUGAGGAAUUUAAUAUAGACUCAUAGUGUCCAGAAGACUGUAUGUAGUGGUAGUAGCUAUGUGCUGGCUGACUGACAGACUCUGAAAGGAUCUGCAGUGCUGACUGACAGACUCCAGUAGGGUUCAUAUGCUGACUGACUGACUGACAGACUCCAGUAGGGUUCAUAUGCUGACUGACUGACUGACAGACUCCAGUAGGGUUCAUAUGCUGACUGACUGACUGACAGACUCCAGUAGGGUUCAUAUGCUGACUGACUGACUGACAGACUCCAGUAGGGUUCAUAUGCUGACUGACUGACGCUGGUAGAGUCUGUAUGCUGAUUGACUAAAAAGGAAGUAAACACUCCACAUUUUUCUUGAGGAGAAAGUUAAUAGACAGUGCUUUUAGAAUAGCAGCCAAAGUUUCAUCAGUUUGUAGAAAAUGAAGGUUGUGUCAUUCGUAUGACAUUUUGUAAAUUCCGUUAAGGACACACCUGCUUGAAGCCUAAAAUUGUUAUUCUAGUUGAAGUCAUCCUUUCCACUUUCCACUUCUAGGUAGCGUUUUGCUUUCGCCAGCCACUUCUGGACUUCUGUGUGUCCACAGCUUUUCUUGUAUAGAAUGUCGCACUCCAUUGGAUAAGGCUGCUCGUUGUAGUGUGACCCGCAUUUGGCACUUGUUAUCUGAUAAAUAAAACUGCAAAGGUGAUUUUACACUUAAAAUUGAUUUUAAGAGGUGGCAAGUUAUUCUUUCCAGUAAACCUUUCACCGAGGAAUCUAUGACCAAUGUUUAACCAUUCAUUGUUUUUGUGUUUGAAUUACUUGUGCACAUUUUUAAAUUGUGAUGAAAUAACAAAAUCAACUCAUUCUGAUAUGGUGAUGGGUCUGCUGUGGCAAAAGCAAAGGAUCAAUCAUCGACUUUGCCCUUUGGAGGGUUUGGGAGUGUGCUGAGUACUGCCGGGUUGAAUGGGGAUGGACUCAACUGGGAACCCAUGCAGUAGAACUACCCUGCUGACUUCCUAGGCAUGGGUCUGUUGAAAGAAGCAACUUAAGUCCUUAACAGCAUUCUGAUUUAGUCUGGUGACAUUGAUAUCAAAACAUGCCACUCAGAUCCACCUAAGGUGUAUAUAACUGUAUUCGAAAUGUGUUUUGUGUGUGUGUGUGCAGAAUGGGUAAAUAAAAUUGUUGAGUAACUUGAACCUA